CCUGGGCCCCACGCAAUGCACUCAGCGGCCCUGGGGGUUUUUCCCUCUCUUACCCUUAGGUUCCUGCACUUGGCCAUCAUCCAUGAAGAGAAGGCAUUGACCAUGGAAGUAGUCCGCCAAGUGAAAGGAGACCUGGCCUUCCUCAAUUUCCAGAACAACCUGCAGCAGACUCCACUCCACUUGGCUGUGAUCACCAACCAACCAGAAAUUGCUGAGGCACUUCUGGAAGCUGGCUGUGAUCCUGAGCUCCGAGACUUUCGAGGAAAUACCCCCCUACACCUCGCCUGUGAGCAAGGCUGCCUGGCCAGUGUGGGAGUCCUGACUCAGACCUGCAGGACCCAGCACCUCUACUCCAUCUUGCAGGCCACCAACUACAAUGGUCACACAUGUCUACACUUAGCCUCUAUCCAUGGCUACCUGGGCAUCGUGGAGCUUUUGGUGUCUUUGGGUGCUGAUGUCAAUGCUCAGGAGCCCUGUAAUGGCCGAACUGCCCUCCACCUUGCAGUGGACCUGCAGAAUUCCGACCUCGUGUCGCUUUUGUUGAAGUGUGGGGCUGAUGUCAACAGAGUCACCUACCAAGGCUACUCCCCGUACCAGCUCACCUGGGGUCGUCCAAGUACACGGAUACAGCAGCAGCUGGGCCAGCUGACCCUAGAAAACCUUCAGAUGCUGCCAGAGAGCGAGGAUGAGGAGAGCUACGACACGGAGUCAGAGUUCACAGAGGACGAGCUGCCCUAUGAUGACUGUGUGCUUGGAGGCCAACGCCUGACGUUAUGAGCU